AUGUCACGCCAUAACAGGCAUUAUCAAUCAUGUCGUGAGCUCCAUGUUGUUGUUCUGGGUGCUGGAGGUGUUGGGAAGAGUUGUUUAACAGGUGAGCGCCCUGCGUACCAGUUGGCGAUGCUUUGGAAUUUAGCGCUGACCGCGAAUGAAGCCCAGUUCGUUCACAAUGAGUGGAUUGAGAGCUACGAUCCCACAAUUGAGGACACAUACCGGACACAGCUUCAGGUUGAUGUGAGGACGGCAAGUUGUCUUGGAAAUGUGAGUGGCGGCACAAUGCAGCAGCUGAGUAAGGUCUGGCAUCUAACAUUUAAGCCAGCCUUGAUACCGCAGGCACAGAACAAUUCGGUCAGUUUGUCCUCUGGUGUGGAACACUGCCCCUCCUCUAACACAAGAAUAGUCGCCAUGAGAGAUUUGUACAUGAAGUCCGGUCAGGGAUUCAUCCUCGUCUUCAGCAUCACCUCAUCCUCAUCGAUGAACGAGAUUGAGAUGCUGCGGGAGGAAAUCACUCGCAUCAAAGAUGAUGACAGUGUUCCCAUUGUCAUUGUCGGCAAUAAAGCCGAUUUGGAAGAGCAGCGUUCGGUGCCCAGGCAAAGAGCUUUCGCAUGCUCUCAAAUGUGGGAUGCCCCAUACUACGAGACCAGCGCUAGGACAAGGACAAACGUUGACGCGGUCUUUAUCGAUAUCUGCCGCCAGCUACUUCUCAAGGACGAAAGGAGCCAGGCCCAAGCCAUCCAUGAAGAAGACGAGCACGAAAACGAAAAGAAUGCAGGCAUAAUGGGCUUCGCCAAGCGGAAAAACCGGAGACGUAGGCGUGCCGACGGCCACCGAUGUGUCAUUCUUUGA